ACAACACCUGCCUCAGGUGUUCUCCGCUUGUGAAAUAACACACGGGGUGAAUGCAAGAAAUUUCACAUUUGGAAUGAGUGAUGUGAAGAUAGCAAGAAAUAUUCAUGGGUUACGUCGCAAAGUAAUCCUGCAGGUUGUACACACUGAGGGCCACGCCUGGGCCGAUGAGAGAACCAGGGGCAUCUCAUUCAAACUGCUUUACAUCCGCUCCAGUCAGAGUGAUUCGCCUCCCGCACUCUCUGCAGCCUGUGGCAAGGCUUUGAAAGCUGCCUGCUGGAACGAACCCUUCCUCCCUGUGAUGAACAGGGGGUACAGAGGGAUACUGAGCACAGCAUGAGCAAACUUAAGCAGUUGGGACUGCUCCUCUGGAAAAACUAUGUACUACAGAAACGUCAAGUGUUGGUCACCAUUACCGAAAUAAGCCUCCCACUUUUAUUCACUACAAUCCUUAUCAUUCUAAGACAACGUGUUGGCUCCGUCCAGUAUCCCAAUGCAACAGUAUAUUCGUCCUUUAACAUUAAUAACAUUCCAUAUUUUCCACAACAUCCUUUCGCCAAAUGGUACUUGGUUUACGUUCCUUCCAACGUGACAGCAGUGGAGAAAAUUGCCACAACGGUGAAAGCCAGUCUGAACAGGGUGGUGGGAGUUCUGGGUUUUCACACAGAAGCUCAGUUUGAAGAAUUUAUAAAAUCUGGAAAUAAGUUGGCCCAGAGUGUGUUAACAGCUCUGGUAUUUGACCAUGACUUCAAGCAUCCUGACGAGCGUUUACCACUACAGGUGAAGUACCACCUCAGAUUUAAGUACAGUCCUUGGAACGCACCCCUUGAGGAACUCAGCUCUUUCAAUCCCAACGAAGAUCAGAAUUGGAAGACGGAAUACCUUUUCCCGUUGUUCCAGCUGCCGGGACCUCGGGAGCAGUACUUCAGGGAUGGGGGCAAUCCAGGCUAUUACCGCGAGGGUUUCCUGGCCACCCAGUUUGCAACAGACAAAGCCAUCAUCAGGUAUCACGCCAGCAGUGCUAACGCCAACCUUCUGAGCUCGAUUACGCUAGAGAUGCUGCGGUUCCCUUUCCCCCCCUACACUGACGAUGUCUUUGUCUUGGCGAUCCAGACCCAACUCUCGCUGCUGAUCAUGUUGAGCUUCACCUACACGGCGCUCAACGUCACCAAAGCAAUUGUGUUGGAGAAAGAAACCAAGCAGAAGGAGUACAUGAAGAUGAUGGGUCUGAACAACUGGCUGCACUGGGUCGCCUGGUUCCUCAAGUUCUUCCUUUUCCUUGUUAUUUCAGUUUUCCUCAUGACCCUGCUGCUUUGUAUAAAGCUCCUGAAUCACAGAGCGGUGCUGCAGCACAGUGACCCCACUCUGCUGUUCCUCUUUCUGCUGCUGUUUGCCACUUCCACAAUUUCAUUCAGCUUCAUGAUCAGUGUGUUCUUCUCCAAAGACAUGACCGGGAGAGAGACCUUGUUUCUGUACGCACGUCUGCGCGGAAUCCCCGAGCUGUACAUCGCGCAGUGUGUGGACGAUGUGUUGCAGAGCCUCCUGCUCAAACCCUGCGCCCACAGGCUGGUGCGGACGUACAGCGGCGGGAACAAGCGAAAGCUCAGCACCGGGGUGGCGAUGAUUGGGAACUCCAGCCUGAUUUUCCUGGACGAGCCGUCCACCGGCAUGGACCCCGUGUCCCGGAGGCUGUUGUGGGACGCCGUGACCCGGUCUCUGGAGUGCGGCAAGUCGGUGGUCAUCACGUCCCACAGCAUGGAGGAGUGCGAGGCACUGUGUACGCGGCUGGCAGUGAUGGUCAACGGGCAGUUCAAGUGUCUCGGCAGUCCACAACACCUCAAGAGUAAAUUUGGCAGCGGCUACACACUCCUAGUCAAAAUCCAGGGAGACCGGCCUGACCUGCAGCCAUUCAAGGACUUCAUUGAGUCAACGUUCGAAGGCAGCGAGGUCAAGGAUGAACAAAAGGAAAUGCUGCACUACCACCUGACCAGCAGGAGGCUCACCUGGGCACAGAUUUUCGGCACGUUGGAGCGGGCCCGGCAGCAGUUCCGGAUCCAGGAUUACUCAGUGAGCCAGAUCUCCCUGGAGCAGGUCUUCCUCAGCUUCGCCCGCUUCCAGGUCCACACCGAGCAGUGCUGAUCCCCGGCAGCCAAACUAAUGUAGGCGUCUGUCCGUGGGUGGGGUCUGUGGGGAGAACGGGGGGGGGGGGGGGGGGGGGGCAAAGUGGAAAACCCAGAGUAAAGUUCACUGUUAACCUGAGCUCCCUCCCCCCGUGUGCUGGAGUUGUGGGGGGCCAGCAGGGCCUGGCCAUUCAGCCCCUCAUGUCCGCUCCACAUUCGGGAACUCCCACCUCUGCACCUCAUUCCUGCGCUGUCCCCAGAC